AAGAGUCACUUCCGGCCCAAGCUGUUUCCAUGGUAACCAGACAUGGCGCCCGGGAGCCAACCAAUCCUUUCGUCCACUCCUCUGCAGGUCCUCUUCUACCUCAACAGCUGGUACUUUGCUGCCUUCUACCUGGCAGAGAUCCUCAUGUUCAUCUAUAAAGGGAUUUUACUGCCCUACCCGACAGAUAACCUGGUCCUUGAUGUGGUGCUGCUGGUGCUGUUCCUCGGUCUGGAGACGCUCAGGAUCUUUUACGGUUGGAAGGGUAACCUGUGCGAGCGCUCUCUGGCGUCCUGCGCGUCGCUCUUCAUCCUGUUCCCCUGUACGGCGCUGGCCGUUUACUUCCUGCUGCUGCAGACCUUCGUCCUGCGGCUGGAGUUCAUCCUCUGCGCCGUCCUGCUCUGCUUCUACGGCCUCGAGUUCCUGCUCGGACUCCUCUCCGUAUCGGCUUUCUCCAGGUCCAAAGUGUACUGAAGAAGACUUCACCUGAAACACAGAGCAGCACUUUGUUCAGAUGCCACCUUGUAAAUAAAACAGUCUAUUUUCCUAUUCAAAUGUAAAUCUGUUGGUUUUAUAACUGUUUGUAAGAAUGUACCGACCCUGAGAUCAGGACAUAUUUUUUUUUACAAAUUCUGAUGAUGAAUGACGUUAUGUAAAUAAAACCCAAGUUGAAAUAAAACUGAUUUUUUC